AUGUCUUCCUUCACUAAGUACAUCAACAGCUUCAAGAACGACCAGAAGACCAACUUCGACCUGGUGGUGAAGAAGCCUGCGACUGCCGUUGACGAUUCUGCUAUCGUGAAUCAGGCUUCUGCUGCGCCACAACCCCAGCAGCGUCGUUGGAGUUACGUGACCUACUUGAACGAGGGAACCUACCAUGGAGAUGGUGACAACUUGAUGCUUGGUUUGUAA